AUGAGCCUUCGGUCACAUGAACAGCUAGUUGUAUGUGUCGGAGUCCUUUUCCUGCUCACGGUAUGUAUUUCGGCCUUCUUCUUCCUUCCAGCCGGCGGUGCUGACUUAUAUCUCCGACAAGACCAUGUAGUGCCUGUGAGAGAUCCAACAAUUCGAGAAGAACUGCGGCGACGAGAACAAGAGCUUUUAUUGAAAAAAGCGGAAGAAGCGAUUCCUGCGCCGAUUCCGAAGCCGGAGAUCGGCGCUUCUGAUGACGCUGAAGGCCGAAGGACCUAUGUGAAGCAAAUGAUCAAAUUCGCAUGGGAUGGAUACCGAAAAUAUGCUUGGGGUGAAAAUGAGCUGAAGCCGAACUCAAAACAAGGGCAUUCCUCAUCAAUUUUCGGAUUCGGCAAAACGGGAGCAACGAUCGUGGAUGCAAUUGACACAUUAUAUCUAGUCGGAUUAAAGGAAGAAUACGAGCAAGCGAGAGAAUGGAUUUCGAAUUUCGAUUAUAAAAAAGCUGUGAGAGGCGAAAUUUCUGUUUUUGAGACAAAUAUUCGAUUCAUCGGAGGAUAUUUGGCAGCUUAUGCACUCUCCGGAGAUAAGAUGUUUGUACAAAAAGCUGAAGACGUCGCCAAGGUUCUUCUACCUGCAUUCGACUCACCAACUGGAAUUCCAUAUUCUUUAGUCAAUGCUGAAACAGGCCGUACGUCCACUUAUAAUUGGGCUCAUGGAAAGGCGAUUUUGUCAGAAUUCGGUUCACUUCAGCUCGAAUUCGAUUAUUUGUCAAAUGUUACUGGAAACCCAUUGUAUGCGGAAAAGGUGCAAAAGAUUCGGGAUGUAAUGAGUAGUUUAGAAAAGCCCGAAGGCCUUUAUCCAGUCUAUUUGAACAUACAAACAGGAAAUUUCGAGCAACAUUUCUAUUCAAUGGGAGCUCUGGCGGACAGUUGGUACGAAUAUUUACUGAAACAAUGGGUAUCCACUGGAAAGAAAAAUGCGAAAACCAAGCGAGAAUACGAAGAGGCGAUAUUUGCCAUGGAAAAGAAGCUUCUUUUCGUGUCAGAACCCAGCAAGCUCAAAUAUUUCGCGAAAAUGACCGGCAAUCGUGUUGAGCACACGUUCGAGCAUCUCGCGUGCUUCAGCGGUGGAAUGUUCGCACUUCAUUCGAUGAAUGAGCCGAAUCGAACUGUUGCCCAACAUUAUUUGGAGCUCGGAAAAGAGAUUGGACACACUUGUCACGAAUCCUACGCGAGAUCUGCGACCGGAAUCGGGCCGGAAUCAUUCCAUUUCUCAUCGAGAACUGAAGCAAAAGCUGAACGCAAGCAAGAUUCGUAUUAUAUAUUGCGACCAGAGGUUGUGGAAACUUGGUUCUAUUUAUGGCGAGCGACGAAAGAUCAGAAAUAUCGAGAGUGGGCCUGGGACCAUGUGCAAAAUCUUGAGAAGCAUUGCAAGGGUGAAACCGGAUAUUCUGGGAUCCGCGACGUCUACUCGUCACAGCCCGAACAAGACGAUGUUCAACAAUCAUUUUUGUUCGCCGAACUCUUUAAAUACCUCUAUUUGAUAUUCUCUGACGACAAUGUCUUGCCGUUGGAUCAGUGGGUUCUCAACACCGAAGCCCAUCCAUUCCGAAUCCGAAAUUAG